AGAGAGAGAGAGAGGGAGAGAGUGAGAGAAAGAAAGAGAGGAGGGGAAAAUAGACAGUGUGAAAGAGCAAAAAAGAAAGAAAGAAAGAAAGAAAAGAAAAAAAUAGAGAGCGUGAGACAGAGAGCAAUUGUUAAAGAGCAAAGGAACAGUUAACAGAAAAGCAGAAGUGAAGACGACAGGGUCAAUGAAGAGGGAGUAAACAAGAGAGAGAGAGAGAGAGAGAGAGAGAGAGAGAAUAAAGUAGGCUCAGCUUGGUGACUGUAGCAGGUCACUGUUAAGAAUGUUCCCUGAAGAGAAGUCAUCUCAGCGGUCGGAGGGCCUGAGGCAGCGCCUGCUCCACAAACUGCUCUAUUGCACCGGAGACAUGCAGCACCUCCACACACUCAUGCAGGACCAGCCGUUGUCUGUGCAACUGUUGGAGUGGAGUUUGCGGGGUGUGUCUGGUGUGAUUAUGGUGGAUAAUCCUGUGAGUGGAGCUCUGAUUCUGAUAGCUCUGACUCUCUCCAGCCCCUGGCAGGCUGUGCUGGGCAGCAUAGGACUACUUGCAUCCACAGUCACGGCCAUCAUCAUUGGCCAUGAGCGAGAGGAGGUGUCGAGGGGUCAGUAUGGUUAUAAUGGCAUGCUGGUGGCGUUGCUGAUAGGUGCAUUCAACUCUGCAGGAGAUUGGUAUUGGUGGCUAUUACUUCCUGCAUGUGUCGCUGGAGCUACAACAACAUUUGUCUCUAGUGGUCUGGCUCCUGUUCUGGACCGGUGGGAUCUGCCUGUGAGUGUGUUUCCUUUCAACACAGUUCUGCUGCUGUAUCUGUCCUGCACUGGCACCAAUAACCCCUACUACCCCAACUACCCUGCCCAGCCACUGGGGGCACCGCUUAUCAACAACGACACACGGCUACAUGUGCCGAAGCUUCUGCAGGGUGUUGUGUUGGGAGUAGGGCAGAUUUAUGCCUGUGAUGCUCUGGGGCCGACAGUGCUUAUCCUUGGAGCCGUGCUGCUUUUCUCCCCCAUCAUGGCCCUCCACGCCUUGCUGGGCUCUGGAAUCGGCACACUUGCAGGGCUUUCUGUUUCAGUGCGACGGGACGCUCUGUAUUCAGGAUUAACAGGUUUUAAUGGAGCUCUGGGCUGUAUGGCUGUAGGAGGACUACUGUUCAGCUUGAACUGGAGAACUCAUGUCUUCGCUAUCGUUUGUGCUUUUCUCUCUUCAUAUGCAGACAUCGCCUUCAGCAAUGUGCUGGCAAAUGCAGGUCUCCCUGCCAGUAGCUGGGCAGCCACACUGACCGUCACCCUGAUGCUCUUAGUGACAGGACGAGCCCUCUCCUCAUACCGCAUCCAUCCUAGACGAAACUCACCUGAACAAUACCUGCAAACUCCCAGCCAAUGGACUGAGAACAACACAAGCAGCAACACUGUGUGAUCACUCACACACACACACACACACACACACACACACAAAACUAUAUGCAAAAUUUGAAAAAUGAAGACACGCACGAACACCCACUGCACCAUAUUUAUCAAAAGUUUCCGCUGUGUGUAACUGCUCUGUUCAAGCAAAAACUGAUUGUGUCAUCACUCUGAAGAGCCUGAUAAAUGCAUCCCACGGGGUGUAAAAUUAGUUCUGCAAUAAAAACAACUCCUUAAAAUAGAACUAUGUGUGGGUAGCCUGGAUGCAACCAUCAAUUUUUCCUCUGAUAACACUGUUGGGAAAUGAGAUUUGGACAGGCAGAGUUUAUGGCUGGAGGCAGGUUGCUUUAUGUGGAAUGUCCCCCUAUCAUCCUCCUUCUUCUACUUUAUUUGCUCUCUCCACAAACCAUACAUCAGCUCAAAGGUGAGUUUUGGCAGGCCAGUUCAGAAAGGACAGACAAACAAUUC